AUGGCUAUAGAGGCCGCUUCUUCCGCAUUGGCAGUCAGGGCCUUGGGGCUGGCCAUCACCGCAUCAUACUGGGUCUUCUUCAAGGGACUCUCUCGCCCCCUGCUCACCUUCUUCCAUCUGGCUAGGCAGCUGCGCAUGAAUUUUCCAUACUUCUACAUGGCAGGCUCCGUAAUACUCAACAACCGCUUGCAGGUACACACAUGGAGCUACAAUUGCAGGGCAGGCGUUUGA